AGCUUAUACAUUUCUCGGCGAGUAAAAAACAUUCUCUCGCUUUGACUAGAUACAGAUUAGAACAGAAAUGAAAUGUCUGUGAUAACAAAUUUAUUCUUAACUGCCACUCGUAAAUACGGAUUGUUCUUAGGAGCAAAAAACAUUGUCUUAUCAAGAGCGAUGUCCUCCAAAUCUGAUUUUCUAGUUAAUAACAAAAAAUAUGGAUUUUUAAGUCAAUUGGGAAUUAAAGAAACAAAUUUCGGAGUGUAUGACGGAAAAUGGAAGGGAUCUGGAAGAAUCGUUCAAUCAGUAUGCCCCGGUAACGGAAAAAUAAUCGCAGAAGUUCAGGAAGGUUCUCUGACUGACUAUGAAUCCUGUAUUAAAGCAUCUGAAGCGGCCUGGCACAUUUGGGCAGACAUACCUGCCCCUAAGCGAGGCGAAAUCGUUAGACAAAUAGGCGAUGCUCUUAGGGAAAAACUUACACCGUUAGCACAGUUAGUUUCUCUAGAAAUGGGAAAAAUUCUGCCUGAAGGUAAAGGUGAAGUCCAAGAAUACGUGGACAUAUGUGAUUAUGCUGUCGGUUUAUCCAGGAUGCUUUCUGGUUCCGUCAUGCCCUCUGAGAGACCUGGUCAUGUAUUGCUCGAAAACUGGAAUCCUUUAGGAACCAUUGGUGUAAUAUCGGCUUUUAAUUUUCCUGUUGCUGUUUAUGGGUGGAACAGUGCAGUUGCUAUGGUAUGUGGAAACACAGUUCUGUGGAAAGGUUCUGAGACCACUCCGCUAGUUUCAGUAGCAACAACUAAAAUUGUAGCUGAUGUGCUUGAAAGGAAUAAUUUGCCUGGAGCAGUGGCGGCUUUGUGUUGUGGCGGUGCUGAUAUUGGUAAAGCAAUGGCAGCUGAUGAUAGGAUUAAGCUUUUAUCUUUUACUGGUAGUUGUCAAAUUGGUCGAGUUGUCGGAGUUGAAGUACAAAAGAGAUUCGGAAAAUCCUUAUUGGAAUUGGGUGGAAAUAACGCUUUAAUAGUAGCGGAAGAUGCAGAUCUUAAAAUGGUUAUUCCUGCCACUUUAUUUGCAUGCAUUGGCACUUCUGGUCAAAGAUGUACUACUACAAGAAGACUGAUCCUACAUGAAGCUGUUUAUGAUGAAGUAUUGCAAAAACUUAAGACAGCUUACGGUCAAGUGACCAACAGGAUAGGCGAUCCGUUAGAAGAUAAUGUUUUAAUUGGUCCAUUACAUAGUCAAGUUUCUUUGAAUAAAUAUAAGCAAACAAUUGAUUUAAUUAAAAAAGCUGGUGGAAAAAUUGAACUAGGAGGAAAGGAAAUAGAAAGACCUGGUUACUAUGUGGAACCAACAAUAGUAACUGGCAUAAGCCAUAAUCAUGAACUUGUACACAACGAGUGUUUUGCGCCAAUAUUAUAUGUGCUGAAAGCUUCAAGCGUGGAAGAAGCAAUCUCAUGGAACAACGAAGUACCGCAAGGGUUGUCUUCGAGUAUUUUCACUCAGAAUCUCUCAAAUAUAUUUAAGUGGAUUGGGCCAAAGGGAUCAGACUGCGGUAUUGUAAAUGUGAAUAUUCCCACCUCGGGGGCAGAAAUUGGAGGCGCCUUUGGUGGUGAGAAGCAUACGGGUGGUGGACGGGAGUCUGGCAGCGAUUCUUGGAAACAAUACAUGCGUCGUUCUACUAUUACCAUUAAUCACUCCAAAGAUUUGCCCUUGGCUCAGGGAAUCAAAUUUGAAUAAAGCAGAAAUUUUUAAAUUAAUUUAUGUUCGAAGUGAUAUAUUUGAAAAAUAAAAUUUGGUGAAUGAUCUCAAUAUUUUGCAAAAUUUUAUCCAGUUUAAUUUGAAGUGAAUGUUGUUCUUUUUGUUAAAUCUAUGGUUUAAUUAAAAUAUGCUUAUACCACUCAGAAAAAUAAAUACUGUUAUUUACUA